CGACCUUUGUUUUGUUUUCCCCCCAUCGAGCUGUCAAAAGUUGGCUUUGGUUGGUUGGUGAUGCUGGCCGUGAAAAUUUUUCUCCGCAGAGAAAAAGUGUUGUGAAUAGUGUUAAAUCUCCCGCAAAAAAGUGACCAUGUCCUGCGUGGAACCGUGCCUGACGUGUUUCCGCAAGACGGACAACUACCUGCGCAUCACGGACGACGCCAACGACGAGGAUGUGGAGCGUAUUGUGACGACCCAUUUUUGGUUCUCGGAAACGGAAUGUGCCAGCAGCGUUCUCUGCACCAGUUGCUGGGAGAAGAUCGAUGACUUCCACAAAUUCUACUGCGAGGUGCGUCGGGUGCAUUUGGACAGCGAGGUCAGCGACCCGGCCAUCGGCGUACAGAUCAAAGUCGAACCGCUGGAGGGUCCGGUGACAACGGUGGCGAAGAUCAAACGGGAAGAUACCGCGGAUGAGGCAAAGGAAGAUGACGAUGAGGAUCGUCUGGUGGAUGAGAAAGCGCAGCCGUUUGAGGAAGUGAAGAACGAGGAUGUGGAUAACGACUCGGAACCGAUUUUGGAACCGCCGGUCAAGAAGAAGCGUGGCCGCAAAAGGAAGAACGUCGAGGCGGAGGUGGUGAAGGAGAUAAAACCUGUGGAAGUUAUUGUGGAUCCAGAGGAGGAUCCUCCCACCGAAGAUGACUCCGAUUGGGAACCACCGAGGGAUGACGACUCCGGAGAUGAAGUUAUAGUCAAAUCGAAGCGUCCGAAAGGAGAGAAGAAGCCCAGAAGAAAGUACGCACCAAGAAAACCCCGGAAAGACGACGAAGAUCGUUCCAUGAUUGGCAAAACGAAGGAGGACAUUGCCCGGGAGGACGAGUUCAUUCGGAGGUAUUGUCCGAUCUUUUGCGACAAAUGCAACUUCAAUUCGGACACGUUUGGAGAGCUCAAGCACCACACAACGACCGUCCACAACUGCAAUCCGAUGGUCGUCUGCUGCGAUCACAAGUUCUACAAGCGAUCGUUCCUCUACCAGCAUGCCCAGUACCACGAAGACCCGGACAAAUUCAAGUGCGAAGUUUGCUCCAAACCCUUCCACAGUGGUCUGGCGCUGCGACUCCAUCAAGCUUACACCCACGUGAAGGACGAGGAGCGAAUCUACAAGUGCGACGUGUGCCAGGCAAGUUUCGCCAAGGCGUACCACCUGACUUCGCAUCGCUUGAAGCACACCUCGAUAGCGGAGAAGCGCUUCUACUGCGUCGAGUGUGACAUUGCGUUCCGCACCAACCAAUCCUAUCGGACCCAUCUGCACUCGAAACACGGAGCAGCAGCAAAAUACGUGUGCGACAUCUGCGCCCGUGGUUUCCGCCAGCGGUCCGACCUCCUAACGCACCAGCUGACGCACAGUGCCGAGGGUUUGGAGCAGCUCAAGAUCCAGUGCGAACGGUGCCACAAGUGGAUGAAGAACAAAAAGUCGAUCUGGACCCACCGGAAGAUCUGCCAGAGUACGGGGCCGGUGGCGUGCGACAUUUGCGGCAAGAUGGCGCCCAAUCCGGCGCAGCUCAAGAGCCACAAGAAGUACAUGCACCAGGACCAGCGGGUGCACCAGUGCAGCUACUGCGAGAAGGCGUUCAAGCGGCCGAUCGAUUUGAAGGAACACGAAACGAUUCACACCGGCGAGGUCCUGUACUCGUGCAACUUCUGCACCAAAACGUUCAACUCCAAUUCGAAUCUGUACUCGCACCGGCGGAAAAUGCAUCCGGUCGAGUACGCCGACUGGAAGCUGGCGCUGCAGAUGAAGAAGCAACCCGCCGAAGUGCAAGCGGCCACGAUGGCCGCUGCCUCGGCUGCCGCGGCGACGGCGGUGGCCAAUGCUGCUAUCGGCAUGCCGGAACUGCCGCCGUUCUUGCCGGGGCUGAUUCCGGGAGGCGUACUGGCACCCAUUAUGCCGCCGCAUUCGGCCGAGAGUGCGGACUACUCCUGAGCCGAAGGGAGCCGUAAGUAGCAAUAAGAUUAGAUUUUUUUUUGUUUUUGUGAGCGUAUUUCUUAAGCCGAGUUGGUAAGUGGAUCGUGUACAUAAUAUAGGAGCUUUUCGUCUCUAAU